AAAUGUUCGAGUCUUAACGUUGAUGGUUGUCGACCUUUUCCAUCUGAUGAUUAUGAUGAUUGUACUGAAGAAGGAUUUUGUGAAGAGUGGAGUGCCGCUAAAACGGACAUGAUAUUUGCAUGUAUCGUUGGUGUUGUAACAUUUUUUUAUUUACUCUAUGUAUUAUUAAUUGGUGGUAGAAAUCUCAAACAAACCGGAUGGAAAUAUAUUUCUGGUGCUAUUUUUAUUACAUGUUAG